GUGUGUGUGCAUAUGUGGGGGGUGUGAGUGUGUGUGAGAGGAAGCGAGAGUGCGUGCGUGUGUGAGUGUGUGUCUGUGUGCGUGUCUGUGUGUGUGAGUGUGUGAGUGAGUGAAUUCCAGAUUUUCUGUCUUUCCCAAACCCUCUCCUGUCCUCUCGCAUAUCACUCACAGACCGGGAUCUGACAGCAGCCACAAACCUACAGUGAGUGAUCUCUCUCUCUCCCCCAGCACGCAUCCGCCAUAGAGAUCGGCCAGGAGGAGGAAGAGGAGGAGGGAAAGAGGAGAAGGAGGAAGAAGAAAAAGAAGAAGAAACCACUACCUUCCCAGGAUUGCCUUUUUUUUUUCCUUAUCUUUACGCGCGCGUGUGCGUGCGGCGCGUGUGCGCCCCUCGUCCCUUCCAUCUGAAUCCGGUCUUGGAUGUUUAAUAAAGAAAUCAAGUGUCUCAACAGUCACCAAAAAACAAACAAACAAACAAAUAAAUUUCAAAAAAAAGCAAAAACAAAAAGAGAAAGAGAGGAAAAAAAUUUCAAAACAAACAAACAAGGCACAGCCAACCUCUACUUCAAACCAGCCGGCACAAGCCACCCCUGCCAUCCAGAGAGGGGGGUCUCUGGCCCGUGGUGGAGCAGUUGCAGGGGGGAUCGUCAGGGGGACAGAGGCCGAGAGACGCCCUAGGAGCCACCGGGCAGGAGGCGGAGGAGACCCAGACAGGCGAGCGAGACCGCGGGCCCCCGCGCGCGGCUCGGGGCUGGGGCGCCAGAAGUGGGACUGGAGCGAAGUUGAGCGAUGCCAAGGAGGAAACAGCAGGCACCCAAGCGGGCGGCAGGCUACGCCCAGGAGGAACAGCUGAAGGACGAGGAGGAGAUAAAAGAAGAAGAGGAAGAGGAGGAAGACAGCGGUUCAGUGGUUCAACUUCAGAGCAGCAAUGACCCCGGGACAGAUGAGGAGCUAGACAUGGGUCCGGAGCAGAAAGGCUGCUUCAGCUACCAGAACUCUCCAGGAAGCCACCUGUCCAAUCAGGAUGCUGAGAACGAGUCUCUGCUGAGCGAUGCCAGUGAUCCUGUGUCAGACAUCAAGAGUGUGUGCAGUCGAGAUGCCUUGGACAAGAAAGCGAGCACUCGCCCGAAGCUUCCGAAUGAAGCCCACAACUGCAUGGACAAAAUGACAGCCGUCUACGCCAACAUCCUGUCUGAUUCCUACUGGUCGGGCCUGGGUCUGGGCUUCAAGCUGUCCAACAGCGACAGACGGAACUGUGACACCCGCAAUGGCAGCAACAAGACUGAUUUCGAUUGGCACCAAGAUGCUCUGUCCAAAAGCCUGCAGCAGAACCUGCCUUCCAGAUCUGUGUCAAAGCCCAGCCUGUUCAGCUCAGUCCAGCUGUACCGGCAGAGCAGUAAGAUGUGUGGGACCGUCUUCACCGGGGCCAGCAGGUUCCGGUGCCGCCAAUGCAGCGCCGCCUAUGACACCUUGGUUGAGUUGACUGUGCACAUGAAUGAAACGGGCCAUUAUCAAGACGACAACCGCAAAAAGGACAAGCUUCGACCCAUGAGCUAUUCAAAGCCCCGCAAACGGGCCUUCCAAGAUAUGGACAAAGAGGAUGCCCAGAAGGUUCUGAAAUGUAUGUUUUGUGGCGACUCCUUCGAUUCCCUCCAAGAUUUGAGCGUCCACAUGAUAAAAACAAAACAUUACCAAAAAGUGCCUUUGAAGGAGCCAGUACCAACCAUUUCCUCGAAAAUGGUCGCUCCGGCAAAGAAACGUGUCUUCGAUGUCAAUCGGCCGUGUUCCCCCGAUUCCACCACAGGGUCGUUUGCAGAUUCGUUUUCCUCUCCGAAGGGCGCCAGCUUGCAGCUGUCCUCCAAUAACCGUUACGGUUACCAGAACGGAGCCAGCUACACCUGGCAGUUUGAGGCCUGCAAAUCCCAGAUCCUAAAGUGCAUGGAGUGCGGGAGCUCCCAUGACACCUUGCAGCAGCUCACCACCCACAUGAUGGUCACAGGUCACUUUCUCAAGGUCACCAGCUCUGCCUCCAAGAAAGGGAAGCAGCUGGUGUUAGACCCACUAGCUGUGGAGAAAAUGCAGUCUUUGUCGGACGCCCCGAACAGUGAUUCUCUGGCUCCCAAGCCAUCAAGUAACUCAGCUUCUGACUGUACAGCUUCUACGACUGAGAUAAAGAAGGAGAGUAAAAAAGAAAAACCAGAUGAGAUCGACAAGGACGAGAAAGUCGUGAAAAGCGAGGACUAUGAAGACCCUCUACAAAAACCUUUAGACCCUACAAUAAAAUAUCAGUACCUAAGGGAGGAGGACUUGGAAGAUGGCUCAAAGGGUGGAGGGGACAUUUUGAAGUCGUUGGAAAAUACUGUCACCACAGCCAUCAACAAGGCCCAGAAUGGGGCUCCCAGCUGGAGCGCAUACCCCAGCAUCCACGCAGCCUACCAGCUGUCAGAGGGCACCAAGCCUUCCUUGCCUCUGGUGGGGUCACAGGUACUGCAGAUCCGACCUAACCUCGCCAACAAGUUAAGGCCAAUUGCACCCAAGUGGAAAGUAAUGCCGCUGGUUUCCGUGCCCACAAACCUGGCCCCAUACACUCAAGUGAAGAAGGAGCCAGAAGACAGAGAUGAAAUGGCGAAGGAGUGUGGGAAGGAAAGUCCCCAUGAAGAGGCAUCUUCUUUCAGCCACAGUGAGGGGGAGUCUUUCCCCAACAGCGAAACCCCUUCCGAAUCCAAAAAGGCUGAUCCUUGUCCCCCGAAGGAGGAGGACAACCUGAUGAAAGAGGCCGGGGAGAAAGAGAAGCCCCAGCCCCUGGAGCCGGCAUCUUCCCUCAGCAACGGGUGCGCCCUCGCCAACCCCACCUCGGCCCUGCCCUGCAUCAACCCGCUCAGCGCCCUGCAAUCCGUUUUGAACAAUCACCUGGGCAAAGCCACAGAACCCUUGCGCUCCCCGUCCUGCUCCAGCCCGAGCUCAAGCACAAUCUCCAUGUUUCACAAGUCAAAUCUCAGUGUCAUGGACAAGCCGGUGUUGAGCCCUGCCACCACGAGGCCGGCCAGCGUGUCCAGGCGCUACCUGUUUGAGAACAACGAUCAGCCCAUCGACCUGACCAAAUCCAAAAGCAAGAAAGCCGAGUCCUCGCAAGCACAAUCCUGUACGUCCCCACCUCAGAAGCACGCUCUGUCUGACAUCGCCGACAUGGUCAAGGUCCUCCCCAAAGCCACCACCCCAAAGCCCGCCACUUCCUCCAGGGUCCCUCCCAUGAAGCUGGAAAUGGACGUCAGGCGCUUUGAGGACGUCUCCAGCGAAGUCUCGACUUUGCAUAAAAGAAAAGGCCGGCAGUCCAACUGGAACCCUCAGCAUCUUCUGAUCCUGCAGGCUCAGUUUGCCUCGAGCCUCUUCCAGACAUCAGAGGGCAAAUACCUGCUGUCCGAUCUGGGCCCACAAGAGCGCAUGCAAAUCUCAAAGUUCACGGGACUCUCGAUGACCACUAUCAGCCACUGGCUGGCCAAUGUCAAGUACCAGCUUAGGAAAACGGGCGGGACAAAAUUUCUGAAAAACAUGGACAAAGGACACCCUAUCUUUUAUUGCAGUGACUGUGCCUCCCAGUUUAGAACCCCGUCUACCUACAUCAGUCACUUAGAAUCUCACCUAGGUUUCCAAAUGAAGGACAUGACCCGCAUGGCCGUGGAACAGCAAAGCAAGGUGGAGCAAGAGAUCUCCCGGGUGUCGUCGGCUCAGAGGUCUCCGGAAACCAUAGCUGGCGAAGAGGACACAGACUCUAAAUUCAAGUGUAAGUUGUGCUCUCGGACAUUUGUGAGCAAACAUGCAGUAAAACUCCACCUAAGCAAAACGCACAGCAAGUCACCCGAACACCAUUCUCAGUUUGUAACAGACGCGGAUGAAGAAUAGCCCUGCAGGUAUGGGUUUGCUCCCAGGUGGUUGUGACAGUGGCCUUGUGAGGAGUCUCUUGAAGGGAGAUGGGUCUGUUUAGCGGCAGCUAACAUCUCUCCGUACCAAGAGGCCAGUAGCCUGCUGGAAUAGGACUUACUUUUAUGAAGACUAGAACAUGAUGAAUAAGUCCUAUCCGUUCUCUUAAUUUCUCCAGUGCAGACUUGGGCAAUAGAAUGAAAUGGCUUUAGAGAGAUGGAGUUCACAGGUCACUGUUUCAUGAUACGUGAUCCCCUUAGUUUUCCGAGGCCCAGCUUGCAAGGUCCAGCCAAGGCCACGCGUCAUUUUAAUUAAUAAGUGCUAACUUCUCUCACAGUCCCAUUCCACAGCUCGCCUUCCCGUAGUAAUGCUAAUGACUUAGAAAGUGAUAGAGAAAAAACCAUCAAUAGAAUCAAGACUGUAGAGAUCCUGGGGGCACCCACU